CCCUCUGCUUCCAUCCUUGCUCUGCCCAAGCCAGUUUCGCCCGCCUAGUCUAGCUGGCAUUCUUGGCCAGGCUAGGCUACCCUGCACCCCCGCUGUUCUCUCCCCCCUGGCUUUGCCCGCCUGGCUUGGCGUGGCACCCUCCUGGCGUGCGCCAUGUUCCACCUGGUGCUUGUGAGUGGGUUGCUGACAGGGGUGUCGUCGUGGGGGUCCUUCGCCCUCCUCCGGGAGUCCAGCCUUGAUGAAGAACAGCCGCUCGAGUCGUCUGUCGUUACCCUCAAUGAGAGGUAAGCAGCUGGCCAGAUCCUUUUGUGCUUGCAAUUUGGGAAUACUAUCUGGUGCGGUGGCUGGACCUGAGGCUCUGAUUUAAUACCUGUCCUACACCUAAAGUCUGAGGCUCCCUGGGUGGCUUGGGGUCAGUCUUCCUCUCUAGCUAGGCUCCCCCCCCCCCCAGCCCAGCGUACCUAGCAAGUUUGUUGUGAUGAUUAAAAUGGGUGUUGGGGGGGGGAGUGUUGUGUGUUGUCUUGAAGGAAAUGUGGGGUGUGGGGCUGGUCCGUUGGGAUGUGAUGACAGGUGGGAAGAGGGUUGUUAUUUAGGGUAACGAAGAAGAUUGUGUGAUCAGGGGAGUAGGGAAAGUUUGCAUGCAGAUGGUCCCAGGGUUGAGAUCCUGUUGAGCGUCUUAGCAUCUGCUUUCAUUGCAGAAGCUCCUAGGUUCAGUCAUUUCCCCCCUUCAGUCUUGCACCUCUCCCGGUAUGGCUGGGGGAGACCCCUUGCUGCCAGCCUGCCAAUGGCCUGACUCAGUACGGUACAGCUUCGUACGUUCCCCUAUGCGGAAAAGUUACAUGGGACACGGCAGAGAUUUUUGAAAUGAUGCAUACUGCAGAGAAUGUGGAAACAGAGAUACUUUGCUAGCAAUUGUUACUCUUCCCACAACCAGCUUGGCAGAGGUUUCAGAACAGACAGAACCCAUGCUUCCAUUGCACCUGGUUAACUCACAGACCUCUCUGCCACAAUUCAUGUCACCGGUGGCUGCCUUUUAAUAAUAAGAAUGAAAAUUAAUUAGACAACUUCUUGAGGACCAUAGAUGAGUCUUAGACAUCCUGGCUAAAUUGAUCUCCCAUGGUCAGGGGCAAGCUAUCCUAGGACAUUGCCAGCUGCUGGGGAUGAACAUCAGGGAAUGGCCAUUGCCUUCGUAACAUGCUUGUUAGGGUCCCAAAGGCUGGCCAGUGGUGGGAGCAGGAUCCUGGACUAGACAGCCCUUUUGUCUGAUCCAGCACAAGCUUGUGCAGCAUUUUCCCACAGGUGUUUACUUGGAAGCAAACUCUGCUGCGUUGGAAAGGGGCUUACAAAGUUUGCAAAGGAUUUGCAGCUGCAGUCUUUUAAAGUGCAGUCCUAACUGUGCCUACUCAGAAGUAAGCCCUACCAAAUGCAAUGGGAACACAGCAAGCUCCCUUAUAUUGAGUCAGGCCACUGGUCCAACACACGAAUUGGCAGCUCUCCAGGGUUUCAAGGCAGGGGACAUUGCAAGCCGUACAGGGAGAUGUCCAGCACGACUGAUUCUGGGCUUUUCUGCAUGCAAAGCAGAUGCUCUACCAAUGAGCCACAGCCCUUCCCCAGUGGGGCUGGCAUCUAUAAGAAAGGGAGGUGAGGAUUAAUAUUAAUAAUAAUUUUAUUAUUUUUACCCCGCCCAUCAGGCUGGGCUUCCCCAGCCACUUUGGGCGGCUUCCAGCACAUCUAAAAGCAUAAUAAAAGAGUUCUGGGUCUUUCCCCUUGCUGUUGCUACAGCCAACAAAAACAGUCCAAUCCCACAUGUAUUCCUCAGUAGUAAGCCCCAAUGAGUUCAAUGGGACUUCCUCCCAGGUGAGUAGGCAUAUAGGACUGUGUCCGAAAAGGGCUCUCGUUGGGAGGAAUCAAUUCAAACUUAUCCCUGCCGCUUUCUGCUAGCUCAGCUUGCUUCAAUGCAGACCAACUAGUCCAGUCCUUGUGGGACAGCCAGCAUGGUUGCGUUGCUAUAAACCACCUUGUGGCUUGUGCAAAAGGUAGAAUACCUAUCACCUAGACAGAGGAUCAUUGUUAGGGAAGAAAUCUUAGCCAGUCAGUGUAGGCAGUAUUGAGUUAGAUGGACCAAGGACCUGCUUCCUGCUUUUCUCCUGUGAGCACAGUAACAAUUUUAAGGGAUGUUAAAGCAACCAUGGCCAUGCUGGUCAGCAGCACCAGCUUGGCGGGAAAGAUAAUUGCCUGUACUGUUUGCAAAGAGGAUUAUUUCGGCUAAAUGUUAGGGGGAAACGCCUUAACCAUAAGUACUCUUUGACCGUGGAACAGGCGUCCUCCUUGGGAGGUGGUAUGCUGUUCUUUGCUGGAGAGGCUGGGCACAGGCUGUCAGGGAUGCUGUCAUAGAAUUGUAGAGUUGAAAGGGACCCCUGGGGGCCAUCUAGUCCAACCCCCUGCAAUGCAGGGAUCUCAACCAUGACAGAUGGCCACUCAACCUCUGCUUUAAAACCUUCAAGGAAGGAGUAGCUAGUUAACUAGUCAGCCCCCCUGAACUCCAGAUGUUUGCUUGGGUGGCUUUGCCCCUGAAUCACUCCCCAAUAUUAAUUCGGGGAAGGCUCCAGGUUCUCCUGCCUGAAACCUUGGAGAGCUGCUGCCAGCCAGUGUUGACACUAUUGAGCUGGAUGGACCAGUCGCCUGACUCAGUAGAGGGCAGCUCCCUCUAUACCUGUGUCACUUUUGGCUGUUUCGAUGUCACUCAGGCUGUUAGAAAUCCAGGAGCCCCUUCCAGAUCCAAAAUGGCCUCCUUAGCCUGUUCUGCUUCAUUAAAAUUAAAAUUAUUAAAAUAAAUUAUAAAAAUUAAAUUAAUUUGGCUGAGGAGGAUUGUGUAGCUAAAUUCGAAGGUGGAGAACUGCGUUGCAGAGAGAGGACAGAAAAGGCCACCUGAAAUUUGUUGUUGUCAUACCUCUGUGUGGUGCCAGGAGGUGAGCUAAAACAGAGAGAGGAGGCUCAUUCUGGAGGACAGAGUUGUGGUGGAAGGGAAAGCACAAUCCUUUUAGAAAGGGAUGUAUUCAGCAGGUUAUCUGAGUAACAAUAGGCAUUGGAAACAAUGGAUGUUUCUCUCGGUUUGUUUAGGCUCCUGCUUGUUCAGUGAACUGGAUGCCAGUUUCCCAGCCAGCUUUUGCUCCUCCGUUUUGUUAUGGCAGCUUUAUUGGCAGAUAUUAAAGGGGGAAUGCAUCCCCUGCUAAUCCCUUGCCUGUCAAGCUGCUGUUAAAAGCAGAAGAGCAGGGAGGGCUAUAUUGUUUUGUUGUUGUUGGCAACCUCAGAAGAGAUUGCUCCUGUGCCUAUGGGACGGAUGAGUCUGCCCCAUUUUGUCUCAGCUUCUCAUUUUUCUAAUCUUCAGUUUGCAACAUUUCUCCAGCAGUUUGCAAUUUAUUGAAAAAUUCCUCAUAAAAACAGCCAGCUUUUACUGCACAUUUCUCCUAACAUACAAAUCUCUGCAAGCACUUUGUCCUAAAAUCAGUGCGGCUUUGUAUACCAUUUUCACCAAGAUGUGUGCAUUUUGCUGCACACUUUCCCCUAAUACAGUUUUGUGCAAUUUUGUUGUUGUUGGAGAACUGUUGGACUAGGGCCGGGGAGACCAGAGUUCGAAUCCCAGCCCAGCUAUGAAGCUCACUGGGUGACUGUGAGCUAAUCACUGCCUCUCACCCUAACCUACCUCACAGGGAUGUUGUGAAGAUAAAAGGAACUUUUUGGAGGAAAGAAGGUGUCAUAAGAUUUGUUUCACAUAUUGUUUCAGGAAACCCAAAUUAGAUAGGCUCCUGCGAUAAUGCAAAUUGAACCUUAUUUCUCCCAGAUUCAUACCUGUGCCUUUUUGCACAAGCUACCUCUCCUGCAAGGGUGAGAGACGUUUCCCCCGCUAAUGAAACCCAUGCUGUGCUUGUGUGGUUUUGAAAGCUCAAACAGAAGUGGCAUUGCAACAGCAGAGGGACAUAUGAAGCUGCCUCCUAUCAACUCAGACCAUUGGGCCAUCUAGCUCAGUAAUGUCCACACUGGCUGGCAGCAUCUCUCCCUAGCUGGAAAUGCCAUCGGGGGUUGAACCCGGCGCCUUCUGCAUGCAAAGCAUGUGAUCUGCCCUUCCCCAAGCGACAUUGGCAAGCUGUAGAACCUGUAGCUGAUCUCUGCCUGUUCUGUCUCCUCCGGCAGCUGCAGGGAGCGGGCCCUCCAGGAAGUGGGCUCUGCCACGCUCCGGUUGCUCCGGUUGGACAGCCCCCCCAGGAUCGCAGCUGGCACAAGGAGGCAGGCGCAUGAAGCUUGGGAAAUGAUGGAACUGCCGGAUCUGUCCAGUGGGGGGCAACAUUUCAGUGAGUCUUCAUUCCCACCCCACUUCUGCAUCCCUCACCUUGACCUGCCCACUUAUCCCAACCCCAAGGCAGGGGUUUGAUCGGCACUGGGCCUUGGCUCCAGGAUCUGCUUUCAACGCCAAGGCUGCCCUGGAAUAUCAGUUCCCUAAAGCAUGUACAAGGGACGGGGGUGGCGCUGUGGCUUAAACCACAGAGCCUAGGACUUGCCGAUCAGAAGGUCGGCAGUUCGAAUCCCCGCGACGGGGUGAGCUCCCGUUGCUCGGUCCCUGCUCCUGCCAACCUAGCAGUUCGAAAGCACAUCAAGUGCAAGUAGAUAAAUAGGUACCGCUCCAGUGGGAAGGUAAACAGCGUUUCCAUGUGCUGCUCUGGUUUGCCAGAAGUGGCUUAGUCAUGCUGGCCACAUGACCCAGAAGCUGUACGCCGGCUCCCUCGGCCAAUAAAGCGAGAUGAGCGCCGCAACCCCAGAGUUGGCCACGACUGGACCUAAUGGUCGGGGAUCCCUUUACCCUUUACCUUUAAAGCAUGUACAGAGUGUCUUUUCCUUCACCACUUACCACUGAUAGUGAGGGGCUUAUGGGUCAGAAUGCACAGCUUCUGAAAUUACUUAAGCCUCUGCAUAAACUCACCUAACCAUAAUCUUCCUUUUCCUUUUGACUCACCAAGUACCGCUAAUUAAACUGAGAUAAAAGUUGCUGCUGCUAAUUCUUUUUUUUUUAAGCCCUGUUUUUAUGGCUGUCUGAGCCGCCCAACAGACAGAAAUGCAGCAUGUGAAGUUUUUUCUAGCAUGCGGGGGGAAAGGUCCAUCUUUUCAAUUUGGCAGACAUUUUUACUGAGAUCGACAGGAGCAAACAGCUCAGUCUGAAAAGCUCAACAUACCUAGUGUUGAUGCGUCGGAAGCUUGGAGAUGUGGGUUCAAAUUCCUCCCUCUGCCAAGGAAUUGCUGUGAGAUGUUGGGCAAAAUGCUCACUUUCAGCCUUGGUAGUCCCAUCUGUGGAAUGGGGAGAGUGACCAAAACUGGGGGACAUUUAUUGAGACCAGCAACUGUUACACACCUGCUGGCAAUCCCAAAUUAAUAUCACUUCCACACUGCUCCUCACAUUAUUUUCAUCUAGAUUAGUAGGAAUACCUCCCAUCAAGGGGAAAAUCACAACUUUGUUAGGCUUCCUUACACUCCACUACAAACUUUCCCCCAAUUUUUCUAUUUUCUUUUUAUUACUUAUCUCCAGGGGGUAUUCCUACUAAUCUAGAUCAAAAUAAUGUGAGGAGUUCAGAUCCCGUCAUGUGCUGCAAUAAAUCUAUGCUUUCUUUUUUUCCUUUUUUUUUCUUAUAAAGUAUAAUAUUGCUUUUUAUUUUGAAUCAAUAUGGUGCGGGCCAGCAUAAUCUUUUAAGUGCUUUGGGUCUCUAAAAGGUCUUAAUUUGGCCCUGGGAGGGACAUAUACAGCCUGCAACCUCAACCUUGGAACUGAGGUGACUUUAUGUCUGCAGAAUCAAGCCUAAUGUUUGUAUCCGUUUUAGGUUCCUUAUCUCCCCAAAGCCCACUUCACCCCCCAAUCCUUUCUGUAACAUCUUUGGCUGGGGAAGAGUUCCAAGAAACCCACAAACCUUAAUAAUAAUAAUAAUAAUGAUAAUAAUUUUUAUUUAUACCCCGCUCUCUCCAGCCAAGGCCGGGCUCAGGGCGGCUAACAAGCAAUAAUAAAAACAAGUUGAAUGAAUACAACUUAAAAACCUUGCCACUAUUUUGUGGCCUUUUCCUUAGUCCUAAUAAUAAAGGAAGUGCCUUUCGAAUUUCAUUCUUCUCCCACCUGUUCCCCAAACAGAUCUUUCGUCCAAUGAGACACUUCUGGUCCGAAGAGAAAGCUGCACCCAAAUUUCCCACCACGUCACGUUGGAAGGUAAUGCUAAGCCAGGGGUGGGGAGCCUUUUCUUAAGGGCUGCAUUCCCUUCUAGACAACCUUCCAGGAGCCACUGGCCAGUGGUUGGCAGUGCCAGAGGGAAAAGUGGCAGGGGGGGGCAUCAAAGCUUCAUUUGCACACCCACCUUUCUCUAUCCUCCCUCCAGGCAAGCAAAGGGGCAUUAUUGGGGCUGAAGAUAAUAAGGGAUGAUUUCCCUCCGUCGGAAGGGAAGGGAAGAUCCCAGGUCUCCCAGGGUUUCAGAGGCAAAAGUGGAAGGUGCACACCCUCCAACAUUUCUCCAGUGAAAGUAGGGACGUCCUAAGUAAAAGUGGGACAUUCUAGGAUCAAAUCAGAAACCUGGAUGGCUUCUGCAAACCUGGGACUGUCCCUGGAAAAUAGAGACACUUGCCGAGAGCAAUAUAGCAUCAACUUUGGGGGGCCCAGCCCCCUCAAAUAUUUUAUGGGGGGAGACAAAGGGACUUUGGUCCGUAAGGGUUGGCUCCUAUGCCUGAAAGCUACCUUCAGACCUGAAGUUGCCCAUCCUGGCUGGAUAGUGGAGCCGUUUAAUUAAAAGCCAAGGAAACGAGGCACUUUUAAGAACCGACCUGAAAGAACAAAAAUAUCGACAGUCUCCUCAGGUUCCGGUUUACUAAUGCUAAUAAAUGUUAAUGCACUCUACUCUGAAGCGUUCCAGCAAUUUUCGACUCUUACCUCCAUUUUCUCAAGAGUAUUACCCACAAUGCACUUGUGGCAGCCAUGUUUUCCACUUAAACUGUGGUGCCCCCUUGAGGGGUGAACUGCAUGAUACACUCAGAUACCCAAACACAAAACAAAUACAGAUUUGGAGAGGGGUCUAGAAUGUAGAAAUGGCAAGAGGGAAGGUUCUCUCACCUAACCCUUUUGUUUCAGCCUCAGGUGUAGGGGAUCUGUCAGGCCCUGCAACACUACAACUCCCAUCGCCCCAUGACCAUUAGCCAUGCUGCUGGGGCUGCUGGCAGUUGGAAUCCUGCAAAAGUUCCCCUCCCCUAAUCCAGGGGUUUCAUGGGGGAGAAUGACCCCCUGUCUGCACUGCAGCUUGCUGCCCCACCACCUUUCCUGUAUCUUCACCCACCUUUUCCUUCUGGACUUCCUCCUCCCCCAGAUCUUGGCUGGCAAAGCUGGGUGCUGCACCCGGUGUCCUUCGUCUUCACCCAGUGCCUCGGGUGCCGCUGCCGACGAAAGGACAAGGCCCCUCCGCUGGCCCUUUGGAUUCAAGACUGCGGACUUGAGCAGCCGAGCCGUCGGUCAGAUGGGCAAGCCAAGCAGGUACAGAGCGCCUCUCAGAGAGCCGUAUGAAAUUAGGCCGAGGAACCACAGGUUGCACACCUCCUGAGCUAACCCUGUACAGUCUGCUCUGACCGGCAGUGCCUGUCCAGAGUCUAGGGCAGAGAAGGGCCCAUCUUUCCCAGCACCUGCUCCCAGAGAUGCAGGGAUCGAAGGUGUGACCUUCUGGGCUGCCAAACAAGGGAAUCUGCUCCUGACUAAGUAUGGGCCCCUCCUCUGGGACAUAGGAAGCUGUGGGGGUAUCGCUGGUGACCUAAACAUUUCAGGGCACAAUUCUGCAACAUGCCAAUUUAUAUCUAAUGAUGCAGAUUUAGGUCAGAUUUCAGAGCAAGGGCGGGGAGCGAUCUCUGGCUCUUGCUGUCAAGAUGCCAAGUGAUGGAUCUGGCCUUGAUCACGGGCAGAGAAGUCUUUUCUGAGAUGGAUGAGAUCCUUUUAAACGGCAAUUAUAGGGAUGACCCUGGGGAGCUUCUGCUUGCAAAGCAGGGGUUAAUUCCCACUGCACUAUAGUCCCUCCCCCAGGGAACCUAAGAAGGUGCCUUAUUCCCAUUUAGGCUAUUUGUCUACAUAACUCAGUAUUGCCCACUCGGACUGGCAGCAACUCCUUAGGGUCCUUGCUGUUCUCUUCCUGGCUGGGCCUUUUUAAGGGCUCCCUCUUGUGUUCUUGUCUUCCGGAGAGCGAAACAAGGCUAGGGUUGGCCCUCCUGUUAUCUUUGGAUGGUAAGUGAAUAAAUUGUACCCAGGAAGCUGCUUUCUUCUAAGCCGGAUCCCUCUAGCACAGUUUUGCCUACACUGACUGGCAGCAGCUCUUCAGGAUUUCAGACCAGGGUCUCUCCCAGCCCUGCCUGGAGAUGCCAUCAAGGACUGAACCUGAGACCUUCCUCCUCCUGCUUCUCUCUCAACAGAGACACUGCUGCCAGACCCGCCGGGCACCGAUGCCCUUCGUGUUCCUCAAAGAGGACGGCUCGUUGGUCAUUCGAGCAAUCCGCCUGGAGCGAGACUGCCACUGCCGCCCCUGAGGCUUUGCCCCCAUCCUGGCUGGCGUAGAAGGCGCCCUACGCCGAGGGUGACGGGAAUUUGUAACGGAGGACUGCUGGAGCAUCAACAGAGGACGCCCCCAAUUGGCAGUUGUCAAUGUUGGGGCAGAGCAGUGGAAGAACCUUUCUCCCACAAGGGACAUUAAUGGGGUGAGAAGGGAGUCCGUUUCUCUUCAUGCUUGGUUGCUGCAGAGGAAUCCUCUGAUCCAAAUAUAAUCGGAGAAUACUAUCCCCUUCACAAGUUGCUGGGACUCCAACUUUCCAUUAUCCCUCACUGCUGGCCAUGCUGUCCAGAGAUGAUGGGAUUUGGAGUCCCAACAAUUUCUGGAGGGCCACGGGUUCCUCAUCCUGGAAACAAAAGAUAACCUUCAACUGAUUUUGCUGUUGAAGGUCACCAAAGAAUUGUGAUAUAUAUAUAUAUAUAUACCAUUACAAAACUACAACCCAAAGGCAGCGUCUCUGGGGGAUAAGUUACUUCAUCACCGAGUGAAGUUUGUACCUCCGUAGCUCAUGAAAGGACCUCCAUAGUGGUGGCUCCCUGGCAUUGGAAUGACUUCCUUCUUGAGAUCCAGCUGGUGUUUUGGGCACCAGCUGAAAACUUACCUCUUUAGCCAGGCUUUUUAUGACAUGGGUUCUUGAUGUAUUAAGCCACUGACUUUUGUAGUAAGGAGGGUAAGUUGUCAUACUGCUUGAUUUCAUAUUAAUAUUUGUUUGUUUACUGGAAUUGUACUGUUAAGUUUCAUUUUAUAUUUUAUAUACCCUGAUUCAGGAUCGUUUGCGUGUUGAAGGACAGGGUGAAAAUGAAUCUCUUUUGAGUUGUACCUUACAAUGAGCUUGCCCGUCUCUUCCCGUUAUUUGGCCCUUGCAGGUCCUAUGGCUUCCCUAGUCUGGUGCCCUUUCAGAUGUUUUGGACUACAAUUCCCAUCAGCUCUAACCAACGCAGCCAGUGCAGGGAGUUGUAGUCCCACAGCAUCCGAUAGGAAAGGACUGCCCUUAACACAACAACUAGAUCUGCAUACAAGUACCAUCUCCAUGCCAUGGGAAACAUCUUCUGUUGGUUUUGGCAGAUCAAGCUGCUGAUAAAUGCACAGGAGCAGGUCAGGCUGUUUUUCUUUUUAAUAAGUUGGCAACCCUGUCAUAUAAGCAUGGUUGACACCCAUAGAAUAGAAUGUUAACGUUGGAAGGGGCCUCAAAAAAGUCAUUUAGUUCAAUAAGAAGAAUGAAAUUGGCAGCAGUUAGAAAAACUCAACCCUGGUUUGUGAGUGAAGGAAACUCCUCUGACUGAGUUGUGACAGUUAAACAGGCAAGGAAUUAAGUUUAAUUUUUCGUUAUGGACAUGGCCACAAAGUCAACGGCUGCAGUUCUGGCAAGGGCACAGGGAGAAGGGGGCAAAUUUUGUAUCUUAUCCGUAUAAAGAAAUGCAUGCAGAUUUAACAAUAAAAACGUAUUGACUAUUUUAAUAC